GGGCGGGGUGGGGGGCAGCGGGCGGCAGCAGCGGUGGCCGCAUAUCUGGAUGGAAGCGAGCUUCGUCCAGAGCACCAUGGCUCUGGGGCUGCCCUCCAAGAAAGCGUCUUCUCGCAACGUGGCCGUGGAGCGCAGGAACCUGAUCACCGUGUGCAGGUUCUCUGUGAAAACCCUGCUGGAGAAGUACACAGCAGAGCCCAUCGAUGACUCGUCUGAGGAGUUUGUUAACUUUGCAGCCAUUUUGGAGCAGAUCCUAAGCCACCGUUUCAAAGCCUGUGCCCCAGCAGGUCCGGUGAGCUGGUUCAGCUCAGAUGGACAGCGGGGCUUCUGGGACUACAUCCGCCUGGCCUGCAGCAAAGUGCCCAACAACUGUGUAAGCAGCAUUGAGAACAUGGAGAAUAUCAGCACGGCACGAGCCAAGGGCCGGGCGUGGAUCCGCGUGGCACUAAUGGAGAAGCGCAUGUCAGAGUACAUCACCACAGCUCUUCGGGACAGCAGGACCACCAGGCGGUUCUAUGACUCCGGAGCCAUCAUGCUGCGGGAGGAAGCCACCGUCCUCACGGGGAUGCUGAUCGGGCUGAGCGCCAUCGACUUCAGCUUCUGUCUAAAGGGCGAAGUCCUGGACGGGAAGACCCCCGUCGUCAUCGAUUACACCCCCUACUUAAAGUUCACCCAGAGCUACGACUACCUGACGGACGAGGAGGAGCGGCACAGCGCCGAGAGCAGCACGAGCGAGGACAACUCGCCCGAGCACCCCUACCUGCCGCUCGUCACCGACGAGGACAGCUGGUACAACAAGUGGCACAAGAUGGAGCAGAAGUUCCGCAUCGUCUACGCGCAGAAGGGCUACCUGGAGGAGCUGGUGCGCCUGCGCGAGUCGCAGCUGAAGGACCUGGAGGCGGAGAACCGGCGGCUGCAGCUGCAGCUGGAGGAGGCGGCCGCGCAGAACCAGCGCGAGAAGCGGGAGCUGGAAGGCGUGAUCCUGGAGCUGCAGGAGCAGCUGACAGGUCUGAUCCCCGGUGACCAUGCCCCCCUGGCCCAGGGUUCCAAGGACCUCACCACACCCAUGGUCAACCAAUGGCCCUCCCUGGGAACCCUCACUGGGGCAGAGGGUGCCAGCAACUCCAAGCUGUACCGGAGGCACAGCUUCAUGAGCACCGACCCGCUGUCAGCAGAGGCCAGUCUGAGUUCAGACUCCCAGCGCUUGGGAGAAGGCAAGCGGGAUGAGGAGCCCUGGGGCCCCAUCGGGAAGGACCCCACGCCCUCCAUGCUGGGCCUCUGCGGCUCCCUGGCCUCCAUCCCCAGCUGCAAGUCCCUGGCGAGCUUCAAAUCCAACGAGUGCCUGGUGAGCGACAGCCCAGAGGGCAGCCCAGCGCUUAGCCCGAGCUGAGAAGCUGCGUGCAGUGCAGUGCCAGCUCCAACUUGCAGGGGCGAUGGACAACUGCCAUCUUUCCCUGAGUUCCCCCAACCCAGGCUACCCUUCCAGAGAACGCUGCCCACCCAACCAGGCUGUCUUUGGUAGAGACAACCCCUGCCUCUUGCCUGCUUUGGUUUCCUGCACAAGGAGGCAGGAGCUGCCCAGGGAAGCAAGGGGCCAUAAGGCAGGGGGACUAAGGCCACAGGAAGCUGCUCCAUUCUGGCGACUCUGAAGCCUGCCUGGCUCCCUCUGGACCUUCCACUCCCGCCUCAGGAGCUGGGGGCCAUGCCUUGGCACCACUGCUGCCCUGCCUCUCUGGUCUGCCCCUAUGUACCAUUCUGCAGUCACCCCUUCCUCAGUCCCCAUGUGGGGACCUUAGGGGGACCAGGAAAAUAAAAACCAGAGGACUAA